CCCGUCUCAGCGGAAGGAGAGAGUGGGCAGCACUGAGGAGAAAUGUAACACAUGCACAAAUACAUCCACACCCUGAGGGGUGCCUCGCUCCGGGUGCAGCUUAGUCGCCUCAGGCGCGUGCGGCUGGCGGGAAGUCCUUGAAGGCGGGCCGCGCCUCCCUCCCGCGUCUUUUCCCCGCCUCAGCUCUCUGGGUCUCUGGCGAUCCCCUUGCUGAGAAGCUGGGUGGAGCCCUGCCUGUAUAAAACUUUUGCAGGAGACGCGCGGCCGGCUCGAACUCCUGAGGGCGCGUCGCGCUCGUUCAGUGUGUAGAGGGAGAAAGCGCGCGCUGCGGGAGCCGCCACUUCUAGCAGGCCGGCGGCGGCGCACUGAGGGGCGACCCUGUCGCGACGGGAGAAGCAGGGUCAGGGUAGCAACCCCUCUGAACUGACGGGAAGAAGCGACUGCCUCCCUGCGAGAGGCAAAGCGAGGGACCAUGAAAGGUGGAUACAUUUUGGCUGGCCUGGCGACUUGGUGGUGGCUCAUCUGCAACCCCUUUGCCAGCUGCGGUGCCACGAAGGGCAGCGUGCCUCGACUUCGCCUCUCAUCUAAAGAUCUUUUGGCCACUAAUCGCUCAGUCCUGUUCCUUGGGCACCGAGGAAUUUUAGACUUCCGCUCCUUGUACCUCGAUGAAUACCGUGACCGCCUGUUCAUUGGAGGAAAGGACACACUUUAUUCUCUUCGGCUGGAUCAAACCAACAUGGAUGCUAAGGAGAUCUACUGGCCGCCACUCCCUGGACAGAAAGAAGAAUGCUUUCGGAAAGGAAAAGACCCAGUGACAGAAUGUGCCAACUACAUCAGAGUGCUUUACCCUUUGAACCGGACACACUUAUUGGCCUGUGGAACAGGGGCUUUCCACCCAAUCUGUGCUCUUAUCUACGUGGGACACCGAGGAGAGCAUGUGUUCAGCUUGGAUCCUUCCAGUGUAGAAAGUGGCCGUGGCAGAUGUCCUCAUGAGCCCAACAGGGCAUUUGCAAGUGCUUUCAUUGGUGGAGACUUGUAUACAGGACUAACAGCAGAUUUCUUGGGCAGGGACUCUGUGAUCUUCCGAACUAUGGGACACCGCUCCCCUCUGCGCACUGAGAUGGACCAGCGGCUGCUUAAUGCCCCCAAGUUUGUUGCUGCUUAUCUGAUCCCAGACAAUGAUGACCGAGAAAAUGACAAAGUCUACUUUUUCUUCACUGAGAAAGCAGCAGAGUCGGACAGCAAAGGCCGGGCCAUCUUCAGCCGUGUGGGGAGGGUGUGUGUGAAUGAUGCUGGAGGACAGCGAGUGCUAGUCCAUAAGUGGAGCACCUUCAACAAGGCCCGACUGGUGUGCUCUGUCCCAGGACCAGAUGGCAUUGAUACAUACUUUGAUGAACUGGAGGAUGUCUUUCUCCUGAGGACCAAAGAUGGGAAGAGCCCUGAGAUCUAUGCACUCUUUAGCACCAUCAGCAAUGUCUUCCAAGGCUUUGCCAUCUGCGUAUAUCGUAUGGCAGACAUCUGGGAGGUUUUUAAUGGACCAUUUGCUCAUAAAGAUGGCCCAGACCAUCAGUGGGCAGCUUAUGAGGGCAAGGUGCCUUACCCGAGGCCAGGAGUUUGCCCCAGCAAAACCACGAAUCAGCCAAGCCGGCAGUACUCCUCCACCAAGGACUACCCCGACGAGGUCCUGCACUUUGCCCGUGCCCACCCACUGAUGAGCAGAUCCGUGUACCCUCUGCAUCGCCGGCCUGUGCUGGUGAAGACCAACCUGCAGCACCGCCUGCGGCAGAUAGUGGUGGACCGUGUAGAAGCUGAGGAUGGGCAGUAUGAUGUCAUGUUCAUUGGCACAGAUGCUGGCUCUGUACUGAAGGUAAUAGCCCUUCAGAGAGGCAACUUUGCAGCAGCUGAAGAAGUCAUUUUGGAGGAGCUUCAAGUAUUUAAGGCACCAGUCCCUAUUACUGAGAUGGAAAUAUCUGUCAAGCGACAAAUGUUGUAUGUAGGCUCCCGGGUGGGAGUUGCCCAAGUGAAACUGCAUCAGUGUGAGACGUACGGGACAGCCUGUGCGGAGUGCUGCCUAGCACGGGACCCUUAUUGUGCCUGGGAUGGCCUCACCUGCACCAGGUACCAGGCAUCAGGCAAGCGUCGUUUUCGUCGGCAGGACAUCCGGAAUGGGAACCCCAUGCACCAGUGCCUGGAUCAAAACUUGACAGUGGAUGAUUUCGACAGCACGGAGGAGAAGGUGGUCUAUGGGACGGAACACAACAGCACCUUCUUGGAGUGCAUCCCAAAGUCACCCCAGGCUGCGGUGCAAUGGUUUGUACACCGGUCUCCAGAAGAGUUAAGAGAUGAGGUGAAAACAGAUGAUAGGAUCAUGAGGACAGAGCAAGGACUGCUCUUCCGGAAGCUUUUCCGCCAGGAUGCGGGAACAUAUUACUGCAAGGCUCAGGAGCAUGGCUUCACUCAGACCGUCACCAAAAUCAUGUUGGAGGUGAUCGAGAGUGAGCAGCUGGAGCAGGUCUUUCAGCGGGAGCAGGAGGAGGAGCCGCCUCGCCCCCUGUGCCGGGUGCCUGAUCCCCGCAUGCUGCAUGGGCAAAGGAUGUGGUUCAAAGACAUCAUGCACCUCAUCGGCUAUUCCAACUUGCACCGGGUAGAGGAGUACUGUGAGCGCGUGUGGUGCGGAGACCGCCAGCUGCGGCACAAAGGCAGGCCCCCCAAGAGCAAGAACAUGCUGGAUGGUGGCAAAAAGGGGAGGGGCAAGCAGCACGGAGAGAGGAACCGGGUCCCUAGGCAAGCGGCUGCCACAUAAGUGGAAAGAGAGCCGACACAUGGCAGGAGGAGAACAUGAGAGGAGGAAAGUUGGCAUGGACCAACCUUCCUCCUCGAGAAUGAAAAUCAGCCCCUCUGGGAACUGUCCUUAUGAUAGGAACUUGUCCUUUUGGAAGGGGCCACCUUGCUGAUCAGCUGAGCCUGGAGACAUUCCUUGCUGGAAGCACAUCACUUCCCUCUAUCACUUGCAUUGGAGACAAGGACUCAAACACCAGACCCAUUUCCUUCCUGUCCUGUCUUGAUGUAUUUCACUUGCACCUUGGGGGGUUGGUUGGUUGGUAUCAGGUCUGGGAAGGUGUGGGUCGGCCUGAAGACUCUGCUCUCUCCACCCAGUUGUUGUGUAUAUUCAGUUGCUGCCCCCAAUGUUCAAUAUGACUGAGCCACAAAAUGCAGAGACAUAAGGGCUGAGGAUCUAACCACGUGGCAAAGGAAAACCAUCAGUCAACAGGAAGACAAGCCAACAGCACUCUGCUUAGAAGUCUGGGUGGGAAUAGUGGUGAGUUCCUGCUGGGAAUGGGCAGGAUGGAGGCAGGCAGGUCUCUCCUGCAGGUGACAAGUGACAGGCACAUUCAGCUGCACGCAACAUGUGACAAAAAUCGCCUCUCUGAAGAGAGCGAAUGCGGAUUCCAGUGGGAUCCCACCUACCCCCAGCAAAAAUGGAUAAGGAAUGAAUGUGAUCAAUGAGCUAUGGAUUGUAUUUGUUCUUUGGUGGUAGUGAGGCAAAUUCUGUUUGUCAGUCUUAGGGACUUCAUCUGUCCAGAGGCAGGAAGCAGUCUAAAACUUUUGGGGGAUUUUAACUGAUGCGGCUUAAUGUGGUCAUUUGUGAAUGCAAAGCCUACAUUGACCAGAAUGCUAAGUCACCUUGCCAGUGGCUCUCUUCUGCGUGAGCAACAGUCUUGAUGUUAACACUAAUAGUGCAAAAAGAGGCUCGACGGGAAUUUAUAGGCCAAAGAAAACGUUACGUUGUAGCUGCACUACAAUGUUAGCCUACUACUACUCAGUUACAAGGCUGGGGCUUUCAGGGCGGGAAGUGAGUGGCGGGAGAGGAGUUAAGCACAUCCUUCCACCUGCCUCCUUCCUGCCACUAUGUGUGUUGGAGAUGAGAAGAAGCCACCAGGCUAAUAUUUAUACGUGGCUGCAGCCAUGUAACACGUAGCUUGGCCCUCAGUUGUACAUACGUGAAUUUUGCAGGCUGCCUCAUACCACCCAGAGCAGACUUACAUCUUUCCCACCUGUGUCUUUUGAGCAUUCUUAGCUGCAUUCUCUGGGCCAUGCAACAUCUCUUCAAGCUCGUGUCAGAACUUUGGCUUUAAGUGCUCUCCGUCUUUCAUUCCUGUAUCUCUGAGGCUGUGUUGAUCCCCUAGAUGAAACUGAUUAAGCGCCAACAGCUGAAUGAAAACCACCAGUUUGUUCAACAAAUAAAUUAAACCCUUAUGCAGCAAA